AGAUCUUCAGCUCAAAGCACGAGUGCAAUUGCCGCUCCAAGACGCCAUGGCGGACACAAAGCCCAGGAAGAAGAUCACCGCGGCUGAACUGGCACAGCACAGUACCGAUUCGAACGCAUGGAUGGCCUGUCAUGGACUUGUCUUGAACCUGAGUAAGGAAUUCCUUGAAGAACAUCCUGGUGGCCCUGACGUGGUCGUUGCAUUGGCUGGCAAGGAUGGGACCCAGGACUUCGAGGAUAUCUCUCACAGCGACAGUGCUCGCGAGUGGGCCAAUAAGCUGAUCAUCGGCUACAUGAAGGGAACGGAGGAAGAGGAGAGCGAGAGAAAGGUGAAGAUCGUUCCGAAGCAUGCCGAGGCUGCUCGAGGAGGCGGCGGUGGAGGAGGACUUGGUGCCUUUAUCCCUGCCGUCUUGGUCUUGAUUCUGGCAGGGGCGGCCUAUUUCUUCCUGAACAAGUCCUGAGUGCCGUGUACCAAAGCCGAAGCCACAAGCUACCGCAGGCGCAGCGCCAAUGGCACUGCUGGAAGAAACUGUCACCCGGAUUUUGCCACAUUUUGCGAAUCUUCGUGUUGAAAGCAACACCGCGACACCUAGACUCUCAGAAAAAGUGUCA